GAGGAGUACCAAUUGAAUCAGUUCCCUCAUAAAAGCACCAAUUCCUCUUCUUCUUCAGAGAUUUCCCUUCCAACAUGAUAAAAAUGGGAUGGCUUCACUUUGUGGGGUUCAUAAUCAUGAGUCUUUUAGCUUCCUCAAUUCCCACACAAGCUCAACUUCAACUGGGUUUUUACUCCAAAAGCUGCCCCAAAGCUGAGAAGAUUGUGCAGGAUUUUGUUAACAAACACAUCCAUAAUGCUCCAUCCCUUGCAGCAACCCUUAUCAGAAUGCACUUCCAUGAUUGCUUCGUCAGGGGUUGUGAUGCAUCUUUGCUUCUGAAUUCAACUGGUGACGGUGACGAUGUUGAAAAGGAGUCCUUCCCAAAUUUAUCAGUUAGAGGGUUUGACUUCAUUGACAGAGUAAAGAGUUUACUAGAAGCAGAAUGCCCUGGUACCGUCUCCUGUGCAGAUAUCAUUGCUUUGGUUGCUAGAGAUGCCAUUGUUGCUACAGGAGGUCCAUCCUGGAGAGUUCCCACCGGGCGCAGAGAUGGUUUGAUCUCUAGAGAAUCAGAGGCUUUAACUGAAAUCCCAGCUCCUUUUGACAAUUUCACGGUUCUACAAACUCGUUUUGCCAGCAAAGGACUAGAUAUAAAAGACUUGGUCUUACUCUCUGGUGCUCAUACCAUCGGUGUUGCCCAGUGCUCGGUAUUCGCAAACCGGCGGCUGUUCAAUUUCAGCGGUGUGGCUGGUGCGGUGGAUCCAAGUAUGGACAGUCUAUAUGCAGCCAAUUUAAAGGCAAACAAAUGUAAAAGUGCUAAUGAUAAUACCACCAUUGUUGAGAUGGAUCCUGGAAGUAGGAAUACCUUCGAUUUAAGCUACUACUCUCUUCUGCUCAAGGGACGAGGUCUUUUCGAAUCCGACCAAGCUUUAACCACUAAUGCUACUUCGUUGGCUAUCAUUAACCAACUGCUUCGGGAAUCAGUUGGGAAUUUCUUCGGGGAAUUUGGGUUGUCCAUGGAGAGAAUGGGACGGAUUCAGGUUAAGACAGGAACGGAAGGGGAGGUUAGGAAGCAUUGUGCCCGUGUGAAUGGUUAAGAAGAGUUAAUUAUUCACCAUUGUCAGUUUGAAUAUUUUAAGAUUCUCCAUCAGUGUUAAUUACUUUGAUUUUCUUUUUUCCAUUAUUAAGCAAUUUCAUUUGUACAACGCGGAAAACAAAGAGGCACGUUUGGACUGGAAUAAGUUCUGUUUAUGAUUAAUGAGUUCUUGGGUUGAUUUGUGAGCUUGAUUUAAUUGAUUAUAUAUUGAAAUGUACUCUCUCUGUUCCAUUACAUUAGAGUUUUAGGGAUAAAUUUUUGUUUCAAUU